CUUCAUCAACGUUUACAAUACCAGGUGACUUUUCUAGAGUCACCACAAAUGCUGCAGCUAAUUCUACUGGUCUACCAUCCACAGUGACACCAAGCAACUCCACAGUCACUAAGGGUACCCAUUCGGCUGCAGCCCUCCCCAGUUACACCUCUUCGAUCAACCCCACCACAUUUCCCAUAAGUACUGCUCUGACAUCCCCCAUGGUGAAGCAGGACAGUCCUACAACGACCUUCAACACCAUUCAGCGUACUACAGAGCUGAAUUAUAAUUUUACCAACACUUCUACUAUAUCAUCUAAUCCAGAAGGUACCAAUGAAGAGAAAACCAACAAAGGAGGAGUAAUAUUUGGUGUCACAGUAGGAGCCAUUCUGGGAUCUAUAUUAAUUGGUCUGAUUGGAUAUUUUAUAUGUGGUAAGAAAAGAUCUGAAUCAUUUUCCCACAGACGGCUUUAUGAUGAUACAAGAAAUGACCCAGUUCUCCACUUAGACAACUCGCUUGGACCGUAUGAUACAAGCUUUGGAAGUGCACUUGGGGACCAAACCAGCACAGCAGACAAGGCAGAGGGAGACAACGCAGGGUGCCCAGGUGAUGGCAUUCCUAUGGCUGACAUGACACCAUCCCAUCCUGCACCAUAAUGUUUGCUUUGGGUUAUAUUCCCACUUGUUACCAUGAGAUACACUGACACUUAAC